CCACUGUUUUCUCAGCCAGAUUUGCUUUCUGUCCAGAAGAAUCCUUGCGCUAUCUGCCUCGGCGGCAUCGGCGCCGGCGGGGGGCAGGCCAUCUUCACGGCCGAGUGCUCCCACACGUUCCACUUCCACUGCAUCUCCGCCAGCGUCGCGCACGGACAGCAGCUCUGCCCGCUCUGCAACGCGCACUGGCGCGAGCUGCCAUUCGUGCGACCGGCGGACCCAAUGCCACCCGUGGAUGUCGUGCAGCCGCCGCAGCAGCAUCGGCGACUACCCAUCCAGCCAGCAGAUCCGGUCAUCUUCGACGAUGACGAGCAGGUGGGGCUGGCCGCUGGGGCCUCGGCUGAUGACCGGCGGCCAUCAGGAACAUCAUACAACGGGGCAGUGGUUGUCAAGACGCACACCGACUACAAGGCCGUCGCCAGAGACUCGGCUCGCGACAACUUCGCCGUGCUCGUGCACCUCAAGGCUCCCGGCACUGACGCGGCAGGCGACGGUCCGGCGCCACGCGCGCCGCUCGACCUCGUGAUUGUGGUGGACGUCAGCAGCAGCAUGCACGGGAGGAAGCUGGCGCUGCUGAAGCAGGCGAUGCGGUUCGUCAUCGACAUCCUCGGCCCCGACGACCGCCUCUGCAUCGUGUCCUUCUCCUCCAGGGCACGCCGCGUGACCAGGCUCGCGCGCAUGUCGGACGCCGGGAAGGCGCUCUGUGCGCGCGCCGUGGAGUCCCUCACGGCGCGCCCCGGCACCAACAUCGCCGAGGGGCUCCGCACGGCCGCCAUGGUGCUCGACGAGCGCCGGUACAGGAACGGCGGCGUCUUCAGCGUCGUGCUCCUCGCUGCGUCGAUUGUAGCGGGUGAACUAUACGCCGACGAGGAGAGGCGUUUCUUGCUGUUCUUGGUCAUACCGAGAGCUGAAGAAACAGACGGUGAUGCCACAACUCUUCUCAAAGUUACCUGCGCCUACCGAGACGCGGCCGCCGGCGAGGACAUCAACGUGACGGCCGAGGACACGGUGGUGGCGAGGCCGGAGCACGCGGCAGACGUGGCACGGUCGGUGGAGGUGGAGCGGGAACACGUCCGGGUAGAGGCCACCGAGGACAUUGCGGCGGCGAGGGCGGGAGCAGAGCGGGGCGCGCACCAGGAGGCGGUGGAGAUACUCGAGAACCGCCGGCGAGCGGUAGCGCUGUCGGAUGCAGCACGAGGCGGCGACGCUAUGAUUGCCGCGCUGGAGAUGGAGCUGCGGGACAUGAGCAGGCGCGUGUCGAGCCGGCAGAGCUACGCGCGCUCGGGUCGAGCGUACAUGCUCGCCGGCAUGAGCGCGCAUAUGCAGCAGCGGGGCAGUUCAUCGCAGCUGCAGCUGCCUUCGGUGAUUGGAUUCGACUCUGGACGUGUGACGACGUCGAUGGCAGGGACAAACCAGGUGUCGCAGCAGGUCGCUGCAACGCUGCCGUACGUGACGCCGGCCACGCUCGCCAUGCUGUUGCGGUCGCGGAAGGCGCGCGAGGCCGCAGCCGAAAGCGAGCAGCAACAGCACAAGGUGCAAGAAGGAACUGAAGGCUCCGAACCAAAGGUCCCCGAGGAGCUGAACCAGUAGCUUUACAAAACCGAUGAAAUUCUGAUAUGCAAUUUGUUUUACAAAACCUAGGAGUACAUGAGAUUAAUUUGAUUUACGAUU